AUGAUAUCUCUCACUCACCUCUUCAUUGGUAUUUUACCCAUCAUCUUAGCUCAAGAUCCCACGAUAACGACAACUUCGAGUGAUUCAACCACUGUCAUAGAUAGUACAACCGUUUCUUCCACACAGAGUUUAACAGCUGUGAUAACGAACACGGCUUCCGUACCUGUCACUGAUCCUAAUGGUGUGGUUAAGAGUAUAUAUGAUUUUUUACCUGGUGCCGGUCUCAAUAUCACCUACAAUCUCCUCAAUCAAAUUUCCAACACUUCCGAAGGUAUUUCCCUUCUCAAUCUCGUAUCUCAAGGAAACAUUUCUUUUCUAGCACCUACCGACCAAGCAUACCAAAACGUUUCAACCAACAUAACUUCAAAUUCAACUCUUCUCACUCAAUUAUUCUCAUAUCAUUUCCUUCAAGGUGUUUGGGGUCCAAACACAACCGCGACCAUACCAAACGAUACGAUUGUCCGAACUUUUUUAAAUGGUUCAGAAUAUCAUUUACCAGGUGGAUUUUCUUCUCCUAUAGUAUUAUCAAAACAACCUAAAGCUCUUUUAAAAGACGUAGGACCUUUCGAAGUUAUUCAAAAUUCUUUCGGAUUGAUAACAAACGAAGAAUUGAGUGGACCUGAUUUGAGAAUUUUCGUUAUUGAUCAAGUACUUCAAUUACCUCAAAAAGUAAAUGAUACUGUUAUACCUACUCAACCUUUGUUUAAUAAUACAAAUCUUUUAGAUCCUCUGAUUGAUAGUGAAGGUUUCACUUUGUUUUUACCUUAUCAUCAUGCUGUCGGUACAAUGAAUUUCAGUGUGACGGAAUUAGAACAAGUUUUACCUAAUCAUAUUAUAAAUGGAAGUGUUGUAUAUUCUACGGAUUUGUUGUUGGAGAAUUUUACUUCGGCAGGUGGUGAACCGUUCUUGAUUCAACAGAAUGAGAAUGGGACUUUUGUGACUAGUGGGAAUGUGACGGCUUUGAUCGUAGGAGCGGAUUGGAUAGUCAGUAAUGGCGUGAUUCAUGUGAUUGAUCAUAUUUUCUUCAAUACGGAUGUGGAUCAGGAGGCCGCGGAAAGUGCUUAUUCGGUGAAUGUGGCCCAGGCGACUUCCCUCGCAGCAGCAGCUACCUCACACAGAUCACCGAACGAUAAAGACACUUCGAACGGAGGAAGAACGACCCCAGCAUCAUUCGAUGGACCGAUCUUGAGUGCGGUAGCUUUCAUAAUCGCUUGUGUGGUAGGAGGCAGUUGGGUACUUUCGUAA